AUGGCUGCCCAACGAUCAGCCAUGACUGGAAUUGCAUCACGGCCAGGUAUGUCCAUGUCCGCUCGUCCAACACCAGCACCAGGACAAAUGAUGGGUAACAAUCAAGUUCGAGCCCAAGGAGGUGUUCAACAACAGCCAGCAACAGCUUAUACACGUACAGCACGAAAUAUGCCACCAAACAAUCAAGCUUCAUAUCAAGGUUCAAUUGUUGUCGCUGGUCAAGAACCAUUAACACCAGCCGCACUUGCUAAUGCAACACCACAAGAACAAAAACAAAUGUUAGGCGAACGUUUAUUUCCUUUGAUCCAACAUAUGCAACCUGAAUUAGCUGGUAAAAUCACUGGUAUGCUUUUGGAAAUCGAUAACACCGAACUUCUCCAUAUGCUUGAAUCUCGUGAAUCACUCAAAGCUAAAGUUGAAGAAGCUAUUGCCGUACUUCAAGCUCACCAAGCUAAACAAAUGUAUGCAGCUAAACAAGCCGCAUCAAACGCAGCAGCCACAUAA